AUGAGCUCCAACGCGACCAACGCCGCUGCCAGAGGGCGGAGCAGCUCGGGCUCUUACUUGCUGCCGCUCUGGACCAGGCAGGACUCUGCUGCGGCGACGACCACAGAGGAAGAGGAAUUGCCGACGGAGCUCAACGCCACCGUGGACGGCUCAGCCGAGAGUUUCCUGGUGGUUUCGCCGGAUAAGCUAUCGGUCAAGUACGCGGCGGAGAGUUAUCACAGUUACGACGUCGGGGCUGUGCAGGCGAACAGGCCAGCGCCGGCUAGCCGGCUGGCUCCGUACUACUUCGAGAUGCGGGUCAGGAAUGCGGGGUCCAAGCGGCGGGUUGCGAUUGGAUUCACCAAGGAAGACUUUGACUUGUGUAUGCAGCCCGGGUGGAGAGCUAACAGUUGCGGAUACCAUGGAGACAAUGGCUUUGUUUAUCGUGGUGGAGGAAAGGGAGAGUCCUUUGGCCCUAGCUUUACAACCAACGACAUUGUUGGUGCUGGUAUCAACUAUGCCUCCAAUGAGUUCUUCUUCACUAAGAAUGGAACUAUGGUUGGUGCUGUGAGCAAGGACAUUGAAGGUCCAUUGUUCCCUACAGUUGCUGUUCAUGGUCUCAAUGAAGAGAUUGAAGUCAACUUUGGUCAAAAGCCAUUUGCAUUUAAUAUCAAGGCAAGACACCUUUCCCUUCUCCCUCCUUGUGCUUCCUUUGGGGUGUGGUUACCUCUUUACAACAUCAAGCGGAAGCUGGUGAUCCUAAAGAACUACUUUUCACUAAUAAAACUGCAUUCCUGCUAA